AUGGAUAUCCAUCGGUGUCGAUUCGUUCCCUACCCGGCGUCGCCCAUCAAUGCCCUCGCAUUCUCCCACCCGUCGCUAAAGAAGAAUUCUUGGAGCCAGCCGGUGCGCUUGGCGGUCGGUCGAGCGAAUGGCGAUAUUGAGAUCUGGAAUCCUCAGAAGGGGGACUGGUUCCAAGAGACCAUCAUCCGUGGCGCCAGAGACCGGAGCGUUGACAGUCUGGUGUGGGUCACUGAGGAGGAUGAGCUGAUGGAAGAUGGCAAGAAGAUCCGCGGCACCUCGAGACUCUUCAGCAUCGGCUACUCUAAUACGGUCACCGAGUGGGACUUGGAGAAGGGCAAGGCCAAGAGACAUGCAAGCGGUCAGCAUGGAGAUAUCUGGUGCUUGGGUGUGCAGCCGCUCCCGCCCAAGGACCAGACCAACGGUGCUGUCUCAGGCCGUCCUGUUAGAAGGCUGGUCGCAGGCACUGUUGAUGGCAGCCUUGCUCUGUAUUCCAUCGAGGAGGACGACCUUCGACUACAAAGAGUCUUGGUGAAGACGCCGUCAAAGAAAGUCAAGAUGGUCAGCAUUGCGUUCCAAUCGCGCCAAGUCGCCAUUGUUGGCUGCUCCGAUAGCUCCAUUCGAGUCUACGACCUACGGAAUGGAUCUUUGAUUCGUAAGAUGACUCUGGGAUCAGACCUCACGGGCGGCUCGAAGGAGAUCAUCGUCUGGUCUGUCAAGUGCUUGAAAAAUGGCGAUAUUGUCUCAGGAGACUCGAUCGGGCAGAUUAUUAUCUGGGAUGGCAAGACAUACACUCAAGCGCAGAGAAUACAAGGUCACAAGCAAGACGUCCUCAGUCUGGCCGUGAGCCCUGAUGCUACACCUGUUGUGACUCCUUUACGGAAAUCAGGUCAGGAAAACCACCGAACACUAUCUCAUCUGCCACAAUCCCUUCCAUUACAGAGUGCUUCCAGAGCUCGACUCAUCGCCAGCUGGUGGGAGCGAGAGGUCCACAUCUGGAGCCUACAAAAACCGGUUGGGGAUUUACUGGAUGCUGCUGAUGUCGAGGACGAUAUGGCCAAGAAUCGCAAGCUGUUAGGACGGAUUUUGAUCAAGGGAGACUCAAACAUCAACUCAGCUACGAUUAGCAGAGAUGGGACAUUGCUUUUUGUCUCAACCAACUUAGAUGUGAAAGCAUUUCACUUGACUUUGGACAACUCAAAAUUAAAGGAGGAAAUAAGAAUACGCAAGAUCGAUGUGCCAUCAUCGCUCAGCCAAGGGGGAGGGAGUUCCGUCCUGCUGUCUCCUGAUUCCCACUGGCUCGCAAUUAUUCAAGAUGGGACAAGAGUUCUCAUUGCAAAGAUCAUCCGACAUGAGGAUUCGGAGGAAUCACACAUCACCCUACACCCUCGGUCUUCAAAGUUGGACCGGCUGAAGCGCAAGAUACCCAAAAAUAUUCUUCUUGGCGGGCUACGAAGUUACGACAGGAGGAUUACGCAUGUUGCCUUUUCGGCGGACAGUAAGAUGCUAGCUACUGCAGAUCUGGCCGGCUAUAUUGAUACCUGGGUCCUUCGCGAUCCUCACUUGCAGAACGGCAGCAUUGCGGAGGUGGAAGAUGACGCGUCGUCGUCUUCAUCGUCUUCGGAUGAAGGGUCAGACGACGAGACGGGCAUGGUCGAGGCUGGUCCGCGAUGGGUGCGCAACCCGAAAGCACGGCUCAUACCGAAACUACCUGCCAGCCCAGUCGUUCUAUCGUUUUCUGACGACGUGCCGGGGAAGUCAGGCGAUGGUCUGACAUCUCGGGAUGAUUACACUCUACUUGCGAUUACAGUUGGCACCCGCCUUCUCCUCUUCCAUCCUUUAAGCGGCUCAUUGACAGAUUGGGCGCGCAAGAACCCCCAUUCCUCUUUGCCGGAAGAGGUCCGAAAGAUGCUAGACCUGCCCAAGGGCGUGCUAUGGCAAGGCUCGAGACUGUGGCUCUACGGAGUCUCGUAUGUCUUCAUGCUUGACCUUUCGCAAAACCUCUCGCCGGAGGAGUCCACUGCUCUCGUCCCUAGUGAUCAGAAAAAUGGCACCAAGCGCAAGCGAGGAACUGACUCGGGCGCCGGCGGUAGAAUCCGUCAAUCUGAGGCAUUAUAUCCCCAUCAGCUGCGCAAGGCAGUGAUGGAUGGGGACAAGAAGGACCAAUGGGUGGAUAUCGAAAUGACAGACGCGGAGGAAGAUGGAGCCCUGAGCGGUGACCAGGACGAAGAGGAAGAGGAAGAAGACGAAGACGAGACCGAGGGCGGCGAGCUACAGCUGCUGCGUAACGGGCAGCAGGGGGUCGACACAGGCGACAAGUCAAAGGCAGGCCAGAGCAGAAAGUGGUGGCAUACGUAUAAGUUCCGGCCGAUACUUGGCAUAGUUCCGCUCGAGAGCAGCCAUGUCGAGGAGACCACCAGCGAUGGGGCCCACGAGAAAGCAGCCAACGGCGAUGUGCCGCCUGCAUUAGAAGUUGCCCUUGUGGAGCGGCCGAUCUGGGACGUGGACCUGCCGCCACGAUACUUUGGGGUGGACGAGUACGAGAGAUAG